UUACAAAACAUUUCCAGCGUGUGGCGCGAAUUAUCCAACUCCUUGUAGUUUUUCAAGUGUUACCAUAGAGAGCGGAGUGAGAGGGACGAGAGAGUUUAUCACUUUCUGGCAACUCAGUCGAAGGAAUAAUUCGCACGUAUUGUUGUAACUGUAUUAAAAUGGCGACGAGACGGUCAAAACGCAAUGCGGUGGUGAAGGUCGAGAAGCUGGAAAUGACACCUGUGGACCUCGAGGCAGAAGUCCGUCGAUCCUCACGAAACGCCCUGGCACCUAAACGCCUCAGCUAUUCCCCUGGAGGAAACCCCACACCCCAGAAGAAAAAGAAAACUGAAACGGCAGAGGACAAAAACAUCCAGAAUAACGUCAAGAAGGAGGAAGAAGAAGAGGAGGAGGAUGACAGCAGUGAUGUGGAGCAAACAUCUGGUGGAUAUGGAGGACUCUCUGAGUAUGAACUGGAGCGACUGGAGAACAUCAGAAAGAACCAAGAGUUCCUGACAUCUAUCAACUUACUCCAGGCGACCGAGGAGCUGAAGCAGCUUACCCGGCCAAAACCAUCACAGAGGGGCCUCGUGAGGUCACAGGCAGCUGUAAAAGAAGUGCUGCCAGCUCGCAAAUCCCUUCGUCUUCAAAAUAAAGAGGCAGAGGAUUUGACACUUCCCCCUGAACCAAAAGGGAAUCUGGUCUAUGAUCAGUUUACGCGGCUGAAGAAGCCUCCUGGCUCUCUGCCCAUGGAACCAAUAAACACAGAAGAGGGAAGCAAGCUGCCUUCGCAACUUCUUGAGCUCUUCUCUGAGGAUUUAAAUGAAGAAAAAAAGAUGGACCUUAGUCUGAAAGGGUACCAGUCAGCCCUCAAGAAAAUGAGGAUAACUGAGGACCAAGUGGCCAAGGUGGUAAAGGAUCGCAUCUUCUCUGCUGCCUUCCACCCCUGCACCAGCAGCCUGCUGAUGGCCGCAGGAGACAAGUGGGGGAAAGUUGGACUCUGGAAGAUGGGGGGUGGUUGGGACGAUGAUGGCGUGCUGCUGUUUGAGCCUCACACUCGUCCGGUGGGCUGCAUGGCGUUCUCCACAGCUCAUCCCACCCACCUGCUGAGCCUCAGCUAUGACGGAUCUCUGCGCUGCAUGGAUGUGGAGAAGGCCGUCUUUGAUGACGUGUAUGACAUUGAUGAUGGCCUCAAAUCAUUUGACUUCCUGUCACAUGACUGUUCAACACUUGUGGUUGGGAACUGGUAUGGAGAAGUUUCCAUCGUGGACAGGCGCACUCCAGGGAACUCUCAUGAGUCUCUCCACUCACUGGACUCCAAGAUUGUGCGUUGUGUUAACGUCCACCCUUUACAGAAGCAAUACUUUGCUGUGGCAGAAAGCCAUGUCGUCAGUAUUUAUGACAGCAGAUGUCUGAAGAAGACCAAAAGCCAGGCAGUCUCUCAGCUGCACGGCCACUCUAAAAGCAUAUCCAGUGCUUAUUUCUCCCCUCACACGGGUAACAGAGUCCUCACCACCUGUUUGGAUGACCACUUAAGGAUAUAUGACACAUCUGAAAUGACCUCAAAAUGUCCCUUGAUGAAAUCAAUCAGACAUGACAUGCAAACCGGCCGCUGGCUGAGCAAACUAUCGGCAGUGUGGGACCCGAAACAAGAAGACUGUUUUGUGGUGGGGAGCAUGGGGAGGCCCCGGAGGAUGCAGGUGUUCAGUGAAAACGGCCAGCUGCAGCACUCCUUCAUGGAUGCUGAGAACCUUAACACAGUGCUGUCCGUCACAGCCUUCCACCCCACAAGGAACGCCUUACUGGGCGGCAAUGCAUCAGGGCGCUUACAUGUCUUCUCUGACUGAGAUGAAGACCAUGAACCUCCUGAUGGCUUAAAGUAGAAUAGAAGGAACAAGUAAGGAAACAGGUUUAUAACUGUCGAGGUGGGGAUGCACCGAUCUGAUACAGAUGUGGUUAGAUCGGAUCUCUGAAACAGAUUGGAUGUCUGACAGUGUGGCUGAUCUAUUCAGUUUAAUUCGACAUUGUUGACAUCUGUACGGUCACAAAUAGUUUUGUUUUUAACAAGACACUCAGGCUUGUCUGACUUCAUUGUGAUUUAUUAUUAUUGUAUUAAUAUUAAAUAAUUUAAUAAAUAUAUAUCUAUGUAUGUGUUUGAACAGUGUUUAAGUCAAGCCUAAUGUCUCCUUACACUUAAAAUAAUAAUUUAAGUUUCUCCACACAGUCAGGCAAACUGCAUCUUAAUGAAACACGAGUUCUGGACCGGAACUCUUGAGUCAGCCGUUGUCUAAAUCAGGUAUUUGAAUCUGAUCAGAACUGGUGCAUCCCUACCAGGUGGAUAUAAUCCUGCUUUCUUGUUGUACUCUCUGGAUGUCUUUACUGUAGCUAAGUAAAAUACUUCUAAUGAAACAAUCAACUUUACAUUCAUUUGGUCACAAUGUUCAUAGAAAUGUCAUAUAUAUAUACAGCCUGAACAUUGAUAACGUGUGAAGUAACACAGUAUCAUUAACUAAAUAGUCAUUUUCUUUCAUAUAUUUACAUCCAAAUACAUAUUUAAUGAUACAUCAGCCUGGCAGUGCCAAAACAGACCGAUCAGCUGUGUUGCAUCCUGCUUUUGCUGCAGAGAUGCAACACAAACUCUGUCAGGUUGCAUGAGGACAGAGUGAGCAGCAGCAUCCGGACACAAGUUCUGGACUCCAGGAACAGACUGUGUUGUUUUGGAACCACUUCUGUGUAGAUUUGGCUUCAUGUUUUGUUUUUGUUGUCUUGCUGAGUUCUCCUGAGAUUGGCAGUGGGUCUCGUUCAGCGAGUUAUCUGCGUUCUGCUGCAUUGAUCUUUGUUUUUCCCAUCUCCCUCUCUGAGCUGAGGGGGCUGCAUCCCCACAGUGUGAUGCUGCCACUUCCAGUCUUCAUGGUGUGUUUCCUGAGGUGCAGUGCUUGACAUUCACCUUGCACAGCAUCCCAAACCUGUUUUUUUUUCCUCUCAAUACUGAUUGACCUUACUGAUCAGCCUCCCCUCAUUUCAAACUUUUCAAUAACCUUGUCUCCACUUGCACUUUUGCUACCUCUGUGAUCUUUUUAAAAUGGAAUUGAUCACAUACUUUGACCUGAGUUAAGUUUCAAACAUUUUUGAAUAUGUAUAAGAAAGUCUUUUUUUUUUCUGUCAAUGUCCUGAAUACAUCCCACAAAGAGUUUGAAGACGUUAUACAGGCGCUGUACGGAGCAAAUAAUUGAAUGUGGGUUUUGAUACAUUUGUGUUGUUGUCUCUGCUGUUUCCUUUGUUGUUCUAUAAUUUGUUGUUCUACAAAUGUUUACAGUAGUUAAGCCAUUUCUAAACUCAUCUCCCUUUUGUGUUGUUUGUUUGUGGCACAUUGAAUUUGAACGGCAAAACCAUUUGAGCUACAAUACGUGCCUGUUAUAAAAUGUAAAGUGUUCAUUUAUGUUUUUUUCGUAUUUUUGAUACCUGAAGCAUACAAAAUAAACACAGAACCAUUUUUA